ACAAGCAUGAAAGCAUGGAGUCGAGCGGUUAACUGGGUGUUUUCCGGUAUUCUCUUCUAGGUUUUGAUAUCGAAAAGAGGAGGCAUGGAUCACCCAGCUUGUAUUUUGGAGGAGUUGAAGCAGUUUGUCUUAAAAGAUGCCCCACCAACAGUGUAUUACAUCCCAGAUUUCAUAUCUGAAGACGAGGAGUCCUACCUUCAACAGCAGGUGCACAGGUCUCCAAAAACUAAAUGGACUCAGCUGUCAGGCCGAAGGCUGCAGAACUGGGGAGGCUCACCGCAUCCCAAAGGCAUGCUGGCAGAAAAGAUUCCCGACUGGCUCCAGACGCACUGCGAGAAAAUCUCCUCUCUGGGUGCAUUCGGUGGGAAAACUGCCAAUCAUGUGUUGGUGAAUGAGUACAAACAAGGAGAGGGGAUUAUGCCUCACGAAGACGGCCCGCUGUACCACCCUACCGUCACCACCAUCAGCCUGGGCUCUCACACCCUCCUCGACUUCUACGCGCCCAUCAGCAGCCUGGAGGACGACGCACCGCAGACCGAGGAGAACCGCUUCCUCUUCUCCCUGCUGGUGAAGCCGCGCAGUCUUCUGAUCCUGCAGGAUGAGAUGUACCAGAGGCUCCUGCACGGCAUCCGGCCCCACGCCCAGGACACGCUGACGGACAAGGUGGUGAACCUGUCCGCCGCCGGGGCCCUGCCAGGAGAGACGCUGACCCGAGGCACCAGAGUGUCACUGACCAUAAGACAUGUGCCCAAAGUUAUGAAGACGAAGCUUAUACUGGGGAGGAAAUGAAGGAAAGACUCCUCCAGGCUGCUUUAAGAAUUAUGUUUCACAUGUCUAUAAUGGAUCACUUCUAUCUGAAGGUUGCAACUAGAAAUUGUUUGAAUCAUGGAUUCAUUUUUUUAAAUGUUACGAGGGAUUAUGGGACCUAUGUUUGCAUAUCUAUGGAUCAAAUAACGACAGAAGAAACGCUGUCUUUAAAUGUCUUAAAAAAACUUUCAAACAUUCAAUUUAUUAUCAGAAAGCGAAGCGUGUAUGUGCAACUCUGAAGCUGUGACCAAAUGUUUCUUACUUUUAGUUGGUGAAUGACUGUAAUCAUUAUUCUUCUUGUUUCAGCGCUACAUAAAUAAAAUAGAUGUAAAAUCAUAACUGGUU